UUUUGUUGAAAUGGUCGGUGCCAUACAUCUGGAUAUGGAUUAAAUCCGAAUUGGUCGGUGUAUUAGUGGCUGGAUUGAAAAAAAAACCGCCGGUGACAUUAUUGCACAGAUAACGAACGUCGCAUAAUUUGAAAAUUCUCAGAAUUUAAUGUGUCGAGAAGUUUUUUUUUUCACUCUCCUUGUUCCAUCUGUUGUCUCUUCCUUCCUGUUACUUGGCGUUCGCUUCCCCAGAACUUCUCCUUCUCCGCCAAAUGUCACCGAUUAUUCUCUCCGCAGCUGUAAAUUUUCUCCACCCCAUCACCAUAUAAGACCGACCCACCAUUUCUUCUCCGAAGACAAGACAUGGGUUUCUCUCAAGUUUUGAUCUUUGGAUCUCUCGUGACAUGUUCUCUGAUGGGCAUUACAGUUUUGGGCGGAGAUUUCGUCCGAGAUGUCGACAUUGUGUGGGGAGGAGACAGAGCUAAGAUACUGAAAAACGGUGAGGUUCUGACAUUGUCCCUUGACAAAGAAUCGGGCUCCGCUUUCCAGUCCAAAGAUCAGUUCUUGUUCGGUAAGAUAUCUAUGCAGGUCAAGCUUGUCUCUGGCUACUCUGCCGGUACCGUCACCUCGUACUAUGUAGCAUCGGCGGGAGCGACGUGGGAUGAGAUAGACUUUGAGUUCUUGGGGAAUCUGAGCGGAGAUCCUUACACUGUCCACACCAAUGUCAUCACCAGUGGUAAAGGAGACAGAGAGCAACAGUUCCGCCUUUGGUUCGAUCCCACCAUCGAUUUCCAUACUUACUCCAUUCUAUGGAACCCGAAAACCAUCAUAUUCUACGUGGACGGGACACCAAUAAGGGAGUUCAAGAACAUGAUGAACGCAUCUGUAAAUGUGCCUUACCCAGAGAAACAACCGAUGAGAGCGCACUCGAGCUUGUGGAACGCAGACCAAUGGGCAACGAGAGGGGGGCUCGUUAAGACAGACUGGUCCAAAGCUCCAUUCACGGCUUCUUUCAGGAACUACGAAGCUCGAGCAUGCGUCUGGUCCAUCAAUGGCUCGUCCACUUGCGGCCGUGGCUCGAGCUCGUGGUUAAGGGAAGAGCUCGAUGCGUAUAGCUUGAAGAGGCUCAGGUGGGUCCGAACCAAUUUCAUGAUAUAUGAUUAUUGCAGUGACGCUAAGAGAUUUCCUCGUGGGUUUGCCCCUGAAUGCAGUGUUCGGGUUGAUGCACACUAAACUUGUACAAUGAAGAUAAACAACAUACACACAAAAAAAAAUGUUUAUUAACGUAAUAGAUCAUCUAAAUGAUGAUCCAUGAAGAUAUUUAGGUUAUGCCCGUUGCUUAACCAAAGAAAGAUUAAUAUAAAGCAAUA